AUGGGCCCCUUCCCUCCAUCCUUUGGAAACACAUACAUCUUAGUUGCUGUUGACUACAUGUCUAGGUGGGCCGAGGUGCAAUCUUUGCCCACUAAUGAUGCUAGACGUGUUUGUGGAUUUUUGAAGCAGCUAUUCUCCCGAUUCGGGACACAUACAACCAUCAUAAGCGAUCGAGGUACCCAUUUCCAGGGCCAGUUUUAUAAUUUAUUGUCUCGCUAUGAUGUUACUCAUAAGGUGUCUGUGGCCUAUCACCCUCAAACAAGUGGCCAGGCCGAGCUGACGAACCGGGAGCUCAAGCGUAUCCUGGAGAAAAUGGUGGAUCAGUCCCGCAAGGAUUGGUCCACCAAGCUCGAUGAUGCUCUCUGGGCAUACCGCAUUGCCUACAAGACACCCAUUGGUACUUCACCGUACCGGCUUGUCUAUGGAAAGGCAUGUCAUUUACCUGUGGAGCUAGAGCACAAGGCCUUUUGGGCCCUUAAGCUGCUCAACUUGGAUGUUAGUGUUGCAGGUGUUGAAGGCAAAAUGCAGAUGUUGGAGCUGGAGGAAUGGCGUUAUCACGCCUAUGAGAAUACCAAGUUGUACAAGGAGCGCACUAAGCGCCUGCACGAUGCACGGUUGCGGGGUCCGAAGGAGUUUCAGGUUGGUGAUCGAGUUCUCCUCUAUAACUCUCACCUGAAGCUCUUUCCCGGAAAGCUCCGCUCCUGGUGGUCUGGACCGUUCACGGUCACACAGGUGUUCCCGUAUGCCACGAUUGAAAUUGCGAACCCGCAAACUGAACCGUUUAAAGUGAACGACCAUCGUCUCAAGCUCUACCUGGGAGACGAGGUCGAACGAGCGGAGUCGGUGGUGGACCUCGCGGACCCUUAG